CCCGGCACGUCCGCGAUCCAAUCGGCUCCUGAGACUAGUCCCCUGUCGAGCGAGAUAACUCCUUGUUUCCAUCUACUCCAAAUCAGGCAAAAACGAGGGGCAUUCAUGGCCUGUCAUGCGUUGUUGACACGAAGAUAAAGGCCAUGGUCAAGGAAGCGUAGUCUGAGGCGGUCGUUGCCCUCAAUCCACAAGCCUUUUCGUACAGUUUUCGUUUCUCCAGUCACCACUCAAGCAAUAUGAACCGCCUCUUCGGGUACCUGCAACCCACCAAACCUACCGACAAUGCCACAAUGUCGAGUCUGCCUUCCUCGUGGUAUCGAUCCGAGGCCAUGUACGGCUUGGAGCGUCGCGCCAUCUUUUCGAAGAGAUGGUUGCUUGCAGCGCACAGGCAGAGGCUCGCCGAGCCAGGGCAGUACCUCCAGCUUCACGAAGGAGGAUUCUCAUUCUUCAUCAUCCGUGACCGUCAGGGUAAUAUAAACGCCUUCCACAACGUCUGUCGCCAUCGUGCCUUUCCAUUAGUUCACGAGGAGUCGGGCAAGGUCAGCAUACUAGCGUGUCAGUACCACGGAUGGUCCUAUGGCUUGAAUGGAAAGCUCGCCAAAGCACCGAAAUGCCAAGACCUUGAGGGAUUCGAGAAGGAGAAGCACGGGCUGUUCCCGAUCCAUGUCCACAUUGACAAGUACGGAUUCAUUUGGGUGAACCUAGAGGCAUCGGAGACACCAAGUGUACCGUGGGAGAAGGACUUUGCAGGAGUCGAUGAGCAGCCUCGACUCAAACCGUUUGACUUUUCCCAGUAUCAGUUCGACCACCAGUGGGAGAUGGUUGGCGACUAUAACUGGAAGACGUUGGCAGACAACUACAACGAAUGUUACCAUUGCCCGACCGGCCACCCGGGAAUCGUCCAGUACACAGACCUUGGAAAGUACUGGGUCGAGACGGAGGCUGGCCAUAUCCAGCAUUACAACACGGAUCACAACGACCGCGAGGGUAUGGGGAUUGUCAGCACAUUCUACUUCCCCAACGCAUGCAUGACCGUGUCAGCAUCUUUCUUCUAUAUGAUGCGCUGUGUCCCCAUCUCUGCCUCGCAAACCCACAUGCAGUACGACGUUUAUAGACACAAGGAUGCGUCGGACGAAGAGUUUCACAAGAUUGAUAGUAUUUUCAAACAGGUUUUGAAAGAGGAUAAGGAUCUCUGUAAUGGGGCCCAGAGGAAUCUCAAUAGCGGUGUGUAUGUGAAUGGGAGCCUCCAUCCGCAGCUUGAAAAGGGCCCACUGUUCUUUCAGCGCAGCGUUAAGACACUGGUGAUGGAGCACUACCGGUCCGAGGAAAAGGAGGGACGCGAAAUUUGGCCGGCAACGCCGGAGCCGGAUAGCACAAGCGGGUUGAGCGAAGAGGUGGAGUUUUGUCGGAAGCUUGACUGUCAAACGAUGAAUCAGAGUAAUGGUCCUUUAGCCUGGUGAUAUAUAUGCACCUAUACGUACUUGAUUUUCUAGGACGACCGUAGACUUCCUCUUCGGGACACCGCCGCUUUAGUGAGGGCGCUCAGGGGUCUGCUCAGUGAGUAUUUCACAUCACGGAGCACUGCUCACUGAGCACUCAGCCCUUGCUCAUGAGCUGUC